GUCUGCGUGGUGGUUUGGCGCCAGAGGUUUCGCGGGGGAAACGGAACAGAACAGAACAAGGAGCCGCGAGACAGAAGAAGAGACAGAGAAGGAGGAGAAGAAGAAGGAGGAGAAGGAGGAGAAGAAGAAGAAGAAGAAGAAGAAGAAGAAGAAGAAAGCUCCGGAUCGAAGAGUGUCGGUACCGGGACAGAGAGAAGCGCACGGCCGCUGCUACACCGCUGCUCCCGGGCUCGUCUUCCUGGAGCCUCGGUGAGAGAGAGAGAGGAAGAGAGAGGGAGGAAGAGAAGAAGAGAAGAAGAAGAGAGAGGAAGAGAGAGGAAGAAGGGGCUGCUGCUCGAGUCCCCACGAGUAAAUAUAACACAUGAGUGUGUGUGUGUGCAAACUUUACAUGCUAGAUGAUGCUAACUCACUGAAGCUAGUGGCCGUUAGCCGGUCCUGCUAAAGACCCGACAAGGUGCGUUCAAAGACCCGGUCCCCCUCCUCCUGCUCGAGGUGCGUUCAAAGACCCGGUCCCCCUCCUCCUGCUCAAGGUGCGUUCAAGCUCCGGACUCAGUGGAUGUUGAACGCAGCUCGACACAAAUCUCCCUGAGGCUUCGUGGUUGGUGAGCAGCGAUGAUGGCGGCGGCGGAGCCUCCGAGCGGCGGCGGCAGCUCCAGCCUCGUCCCUCUGCUGGAGUCCCUGGAGGACGGCGCUGCUGGACUGUCGGAGCACACGGACGCCUACCUCACCAUCGCCAAUCGCCUCAGCGGAGAGGAAGGACGCCAGUUCCUCCCUGCAGUGGAAAAGCACUUUUCCCGUCUGGGCAAAUCCAUCUUGGCUCAUAUAACCAGUUCCAACGCGGAGCUGAGUCAAGCUGCCCUGCAGGCCUUAGGGUUCUGUGUGUACCACUCUCACGUCGUGUCCGGAGUGCCUGAAGCCUUCGGGGCUGAAAUCCUGUCAGCACUUUGCUCCCUGGUGGCGAAGUCGACGGACAAGAACACGUGCACCAGAGCAUUGUGGGUCGUCUCCAAACAGAGCUUUCCUCCGGACGUGGUCGGCAAGAAGGUGUCGUCCAUACUGGGAACGCUGGAGAGCGUGUGGAGCAGAGACGACGUCCAGUCCGUCGUGAUGGAGCACGAAGCCGUGAACGUUAUCAUCAGGAUGCUGGAGCAGGUGCCGGUCCAGAUGGGCGACGGAGCGGUGCGGUGGGCGAAGCUGAUCGUUCCUCUGGUCGUCCACUCCGCCUCCAAGGUGCGCCUGCGGGCCGCGGCUGCCAUGGAGAUGGGAAUGCCGCUGCUGCUGGAGAAGCAGACGGAGGUCGCCGCCAUCAUCGAACCCAUGAUGUCGUCGAAACUGAUCCCAGAGCUGCAGAAACUCUUCAUGUCCAAGAACGAAGCAAACGUCCUGAAGCUCUGGCCUCUGUUCGUGAAACUGCUCGGGAAGCUGCUGCACAGAGGAGGCCCCUUCAUCAACUCCCUGCUGCACCUGGAGGAGCUCGGCUUCCGCAGCUCGUCGCCCACCGUCAAGAAGAUCGCCUUCAUCGCCUGGAAGAGCCUCAUCGACAACUUCGCCCUCAACCCCGACAUCCUGUCCAGCGCCAAACGGAUGAAGCUCUUGAUGCAGCCGCUCGCGUCCAUCCACGUCCGGACGGAGGCUCUGCUGCUCACCAAGGUGGAGGUCUGGUGGUACCUGGUGGUGCAGCUGGGACCCAACCUGGCGCCCAACUUUGACCUGGUUUCUGUGCCUCUGCUCCAGUGCACCAUCGGAUGCGACUCCCCUCCGGUCUCCGGCACUCCGUCCAGAGCCGUCGCUCAGAACGGUGCCGCUGCACCCGGCACGCCCAAAACUGGCAACGCGAGCUUCAACACCUCGACCAACAUGCCCCGGAUGAGCCUGAACUCCAGCGUCCAGGUCUCCUCCACCUUCGCCUCCAUCCAGCUGCUCGGCCUGGAAAUGCUGCUCCACUACAUUCUGGGUCCAGAGGCCGUCGCCGCAGCGGCCAAGAGAAAACUCGCCCUGAGUCUCGAGCCCCUGAACCACCCGCUGCUCUCCGGCGCCUCCUCGUUCACCAAACAUGCCGCCGUCCUCAUCGCCAACAUCAGAGACGGAUUCAUCAACGUCGGCAAAGACGCUCCAGAUUCUCUCCUUGGCGUUAUAUGGACGAGUCUCGUGCGUUUGGUCAACAUGACCAUAGAGUCUGGAGGCAGCAGUAAGAAGGACCGUCAGGGCUGCGAGGUUCUCACGCUGAUGCUUCAGGCUCUGCAGAGCAUCGUCGCCUCGGAGGCUCUGCCUGCCGACAGAGUCCUGGUCCUGCUGGAGGCCACGGUGAAGGGCGUCCCCCAGAGAGUUCUCGGCUCCGCCUCCUACCAGGUCGGCAAGAUGGACGUGCUGAACGGAACUCCAGCUCUGUUCCUCAUCCUCCUCCUCUUCGACAGCAGCCUGCUCGCCGCCUACAUCGAGGACGAGAGGUUCUUCCUGUGCCUUCAGAUGCUGGUGGGCUGCGGCCUGUCGGGCCACACCUCCCCGCUGGCGUUUGCGGAGGCGGUGCUCGCCGCCAUCGGAGGCAGCGCCGCGUCGCUGCAGAGCAAAGAGCAGCUGUGGAGGAUGUGGAGCGCGAUGGUUGGCCCACUCACCGACACCGUCACUCAGUCUAACGAAGUGAACCAAGGCGACGCUCUGGAGCACAACUUCAGUGCCAUGCACUCGGCCAUGAUGUUCCCCGUCACUCACCUGCUGCGAGGCUCCGCGCUGCAGCAGGCGUCCCAGAAGUCGAUGUUGUCCACGUGGUCCAAGCUGUACAAGGUGUUCGCACGCUGCUCGGCGCUCGUGGUCACGGCCGAGGAGAACAUCUGCUGCGAGGAGCUGUGUGCCAAGAUGGCGGCUUCGCUGGACAGAGACGCCCUAACGGUUCCUUCCACCCUGAACGCGGUCGCCGUCGUCCUCCAGGUCAUGGUGGAGUGUGUGGACUUCUCGCCGUACUCGCCUAAUUUUCAACAAAGGCUCAAAUCUCCCCACACUCCUGUGAACUGGACGAGGAAGAGGAACAAGGCCCUGGGGAACCUGUCGGCGUUCCAGUCCCUGCUGGUCCGGUGUCUGGAGGUCUACCUGGAGGCUUCAGAGGCUUCGUCCCCCGAGGCCUCGGGAGUCGCCCUGGUCUCCGUCCUGUCGGCGCUCUUCAGCAACCUUGUACUCGCCAACGCCGUCCAGGAGGCGCUCGCGUCUCUGCUCCCACAUCUCACGCUCUUCUACAAACACGCCGCCGCCGAGCCGCCCAAGUUCACCUCGCAGCUGCUGGCAAAGCUGGAGAAGCUUCUCGCCGACGUCCUGGGCUGCGUUCAGAGCCGCUCUGCUGUGGCCUUCAACGACGAGCUGCUGGCGCUGCUCUCUCCUCUGCUGUGUGUGUUGUUUCCACACAAGAACAAGCAGCUUCGCACCUCGGUCAGCCAGUUCUGGAACGCAACCUUCGCCAACUCGGUCAGCCUCGCGUACCCCGAAGAGAUCAGACCAAUCCUGAGCCAAGUGAAGCAGAAGAUCCCGAUCAUUCUUCCCGGAUUUGAGGUCGUCACCGUCUCCGAUGAGCUCAGUGGACAAUAUUCAAGUGAGAGUUCCAGGCUGGAGACCAAGCUCAGCGGGAUGCCGAUGUCCUCUGUGGGAAAACGGGACUCGCUGCUGGGAAAGGCUGCGGAGCUGAAGGACCGGAGCGCCGCCAAGACCUCGAAGCCAGUUUCCAUGAAGCUGGACUUCGGGUCUCCCAAGCCUCCCCGCAGAGAGGUUCUGGAGGAAGAGGCCUCCAUCGACUUUGUCUUCAUUCCACCCGAGACGAAGGAGAGAGUGUUGACGGAGCACCAGAAGGAAGUGAAAAGGACUAAAAGGAUUGAUAUUCCGGUCAUGUACAACAACCUUGAUGCUUCUCUGGACACCACAGUUUUCACUCAAUACACUCAGAGCCAAGAGGACAAUGUGGACAAACUGCCAACAGAACAAGCUGACGAGGUCACCAAAGAGUCUCCUGGCAAGGUCCCUCAGGAAGAUAUGGAGAGUGAGGAAGACCCCGAAGUUCUAACAAAAGAAACACAAGACUAUGCCAGCCCAAAGGAAGCAGAUAUGGAAACACGCCAGCAGGUAGAGAUGAUCCCAGAGUCGACAGACGUCUCCAUGGAGGAAGACGCCAAGAGUGACGACAAAGCAGAAGAUAUGGACGUACAGGUUAAUGAAGGCUCAAGUCCUAACGUCUCUGGCUCUUCAGAUUUGGUCUCCGGGACUCCUCAGAAACCAAACAGUCGACGUCAGUCCUUCAUCACCCUGGAGAAGUACGCUGAGGGAAAACCCGCCAGCCCCAGCAGUGCGUCCACGUUCACAGGUCCUCUCAAUAAGUCCUCCAAUUCCCAAGAACACUCCAACAAGACGCCCUCUUCUCAGUCUUCCCAGACUUCAGUCGGUCCAAACUCUCAGGAUUCCCAAUCCACUCGGACUGGAAAAGUGGACUCCCUGCAUCCGGUGAACAACGCCAUGGACUCCCCCCGAAGACCUAAAGACUCUGGGAUUAAAAGUGAGCCUGUCAGGCUGACGGAGAGACUGCCCAGUGACACGACUGAGGACGAAGAUGUUAUCCCGGACACCCAAACUGAAGCGGAGGGCAAGGAGAAGGAAAAACUGGAGGAAAUAGAGCCAUCUAGUCAGGAAGAGGAAUUGGAUGAUUCUCAAUCACAGACUUCUCCGACUGAACCCAGACGGUCUGGGCGCCAAAAAGACCGACCCGCACUGCCUGCAGAGGACCCUGAAGAACGAGGAGAUAAAUACUUGCUGGUAAAACGGAAACGUUCUAGCGAGGAGGCUAAAAGUGUUUCUCCCAAGUCAAUCGCAACAGAAAGCAGAGUAACCAGGAGAAGUAAGCAGAUUGCAGAGGAAGACGCCAGCAGAGAAAAAUUACGGACAAGGGCCCAGAAGGCUCAGAUUGAGACGAGCCAAACCAACUCUCAGGGUCGAGGACACAAGAAGACCAAACUGUUCAGCAGCUCAGAUGACUUCCUUGACAAACCUGAAUCCAGAAGAAGCGGCAGCACCAGAGAGCAAGAGUCAAGCCAAAACAACCUACAGUCCAAUUGUGAAAGCCAGUCACAAGGCGGAAGGCGUGGUCGGCGCAGUAAAGCGUCAUUAGAGAUUAACGAGGAGUCUGGUGUGAAGAAAACGAAAAAGGAUUUGCACGAGAAAGAACAGUCGAGCCAAACUGCCGCACAUGAAGUUGAGCUUGUAGAACAGACUGACAAGGACGAUUCUCAGAUGAUCACUCCUUCCCCUCAAUCUGGUGAUCGGUCCAAAGAGUUUGAACAUGUAGAACCAACCAAAAAGGACAAUCAUGAGCUUAAGAACGACUCUCCGACGAUCACUCCUUACCUUCAAACUGGUGGCAGAUCCCAAGAGUUGGAGCUUGUGGAACAGACCAAAAAAGAUGGCGAAACGCCAAAAGACUCUCAAAUCCCAACCUCUUCUCAAGCUGAUGGCCAAUCCGAAGAGUUUGAGCUUGUAGAAAAAGCCAAAAAAGAACAGUCUGAUUCUUUGAUAGGCGGUUCUUCUCCAACUAACGAGUCCCAAGACGAAGCAGACACAACAAACCAGUUGGUCAAUGAAUCCCAGGACAACCUCAGUCAAGGGGACUCUAACUUGAUCACACCUUCAUCUUCUGAUAGCCAGUCUCGGCGUAGGUCCCGAAGAAGCAAGGCCUCGUCUGAGGCGGCAGCAGAGUCCGAAGACAAAAAUGACAGUAAGGCGGUAGGAAGGCUGAGUCGGUCCAAUUCCAAGACAACUGUAUCAGCUGUCGGUCAGGCGGAGGCCGGCAUCGGAGGUCGAACCAGAAGGAGUAAAGUGCAAGAGCUGUCAAAACCAAGUCCCAUCUCAACACCAGAGAGCUCUCAGUCGUUAGAUGUUCCCGGAUCAACAGAGUCCUCCCAAGGCAGGGGCAGAUACUCGAGACGGAGGUCUUCUCAAGUGUUGGUCGGCAGUUUGGAGUCGUCAGAGUCUGAAUCCUCAGAGGGCAGAGAAAAUCCCCCUAUGCCCAAAAAGAGAGGGAGGAAACCUCGAGCGUCUCUUCCAAGUCCUCUCGCCCUCGAAUCUAAAGUAGACGGAAUCAAAAACGAUAGUGCGAAUGACAUCGCUGGUAAUUCUCAAGAAGCAGAUACACAAAGCAUAGAAGUCAAAACAGAUUUAGAGAAAUCCCAGGAAAGUCAAGAUUUACAGGAUUCAGAAUCACUCCAGGUUACAGCUGAUACGGCGGAAGAACGUAGCCAAGCAUCACCAAUGAAGGUGGAGGUUGAUGCCGUCGUGACGUCGGGGUCUGAGUUUGACGUCACAAAGAGGAGCAGCGAAUCGCCUCGCAAGACGGAAAAUACUGCGCAAGAGAGCGACACUGACGACUUUGAAAUUCUAGAACCGGUCGGGAUCAGUGAUGAACAGAUACAGGAGGCUACGCCCAUUGACCCAUCUCCAGUGGACGAACUGGCACCUGAGGAAACAAGAGAGCAACCCCAGGUGUCGGAGUCUUCAGAGGACAAAGCUGAAGAAGUUUCUGAAACUGGGGACGGCGAUAAAGAAAACCUAAACGCUGAUUCAGACCAAGAACAUCCAGUUGUUCCAGUGGAAGAGACGACUCUGGAUGGAAACCAGGUCGAGUGUCCGAAUGUCAAAGAUGAGCUUUUGAAGGAGGACGAACCAUCGGCCUCGAGCGACCAUACAAACGCUGGCACCGAGGAAGAGAUCACACCUGCACAGGAGAACGACAAAGACGGCAGCACCCAAACAAUGGAGUGUCAGGAUGAAGAAACGCAGACGUCCAACACCCAAACGAUGGAGUGUCAGGAUGAAGUACAAACUCUGACGUCCAACACCCAAACGAUGGAGUGUCAGGAUGAAGAACAAACGCUGACGUCCAACACCCAAACGACGGAGUGUCAGGAUGAAGAACAAACUCUGACGUCCAACACCCAAACGACGGAGUGUCAGGAUGAAGAACAAACUCUGACGUCCAACACCCAAACGACGGAGUGUCAGGAUGAAGUACAAACUCUGACGUCCAACACCCAAACGACUGAGUGUCAGGAUGAAGAACAAACAUUGACGUCCGACACCCAAACAAUGGAGUGUCAGGAUGAAGAACAAACAUUGACGUCCAACACCCAAACGAUGGAGUGUCAGGAUGAAGAACAAACGUUGACGUCAAACACGGAAAACGAUGUUGUCGCAAAUCUGGAUGCGGCUCUGCAGGAUCUUUGCGACGCUGCAGUGUCUGCGGACUCUACUGGCAAAUAUGUUGGUUUUCUGGAUUCUCCGGCCAAGCAGAAGGAUCUGGAGGCUCUCAUGAACUUGGAAGUUGGCCAGAGCCCGUCCAGCGGCAGGACGAGAGGGACCUGGUCUCCUUCAGCCUCCCCGUCCACCAGUAUUCUGAAGAAGGGCCAGAAGAGACCACUGGAGGACGAGACCCCCUCACCUCUCGUCAAAUCCAGGCGCGUGUCUUUUGCUAAUCCGAUCCAACGGCAGGAGACGGCAGACGACAUCGAUCGUCGCAGUCCGGCCGUCAGAACCAGUUCCCCCAGAAGAUCCAAAGUUACUGGCAUCCCACAGCCCAAAUACGUCACUACUCCAACUAAAGGCUUGUUGAUCCUGAGCCCCAGAAAUAUGCGCAGUCCAGGUUCCAAGAGCUCCAAGAAAAGCCUGAUUUCCGAAAUGAGCCAAGAGCCCGGACCCGUCUCCAGAGACUGUAUCUAUCCGGCGCUGGUCGGCUGCUCCGCACCCGUCGAGGCAGUGCUGCCUCAGAUCUCCUCCAACAUGUGGUCUCGUGGGUUCGGGCAGCUCGUUCGAGCCAGAAACAUCAAGACGGUCGGGGACCUCAGUGCGCUGACGCCCGGCGAGAUCAAGACGCUGCCGAUUCGCUCCCCGAAGAUCUCCAACGUCAAGAAGGCACUUAAGAUUUAUGAACAGCAGCGUAAAGGUCGAGUAGGCGACGAGUUGAAGAGUUUUGAUGAAAUGGAGAUGAUGACGUCGGAGCUGGAGGAGACCGGCGCUCCUCAGAACCAGGAGGAGGACGACGACAAGACCUCAGGCGAGACUCUGGCGACGGAGCUGGUGGACGAGCUCGUCCCCGCGGACGUGACGUCGCAGCAGGACGCCUCCGGGGAUCAGACGCCCGACACCCCUGCAGGAGGAGAACCGGGACCAGGACCGCUUCACCCUGACGGGCUGCUGUCCGAGGUCGACGCCCUCGCCUGCAGGAUGACGCCGCCGGAGCUCGGCCUCCUCUCGCCGCAGCAGCUCGUCCGUGUACACGAUCGUCUGGGCGGCCUGAUGAGGCGCGUGGUCGUCGAGCUGCAGACGCGUCUCUGCCCGACUCCGUCCGGAUCAGACUCGAUCAGCGGAACAUGAGAAACGGAUGGAUGGUGUUUUAUCCAGCUCUACUCUGCAGACUUUACAGUUUGAACUCGGCCUUUUUGAUAAAGAUGUUUUUAAUAAACUCCAGCAGCACAUUUUUUUAUCUGUAGCUCGAGCUGUCGGGUUUAGUUUAUAAAAGAUUUUAAUAAACACUCAAGAGUAAAGUGCCAAAAGGUUUUUAAUCCUUGUAGAAUAGUGUUUUCCUUCUGUUGCCAGAAGACUUUGUAAUAAGAAGCUGCUCCGCUGCUCCUCCUGCUGGUGACUCUGUACAUAACCUCUCCCACAUCACAGCCUGUUUUUUAGUUGUUUUUUUUGUCUGAUCACAACCUCGACUCUUCAGCUCUUUGCAUCUGCUUCUGUUUCUAAAUCUCACUUUAACGUCUUAUUGCAUUUUUAAUGUACAGAAACGAGUAGCGACACUUCGGCACUUGGCUCAUUUUUAAAAACUUUAAAAGGCAAAAAACUGAUAAAAGGUUUUUUUUUAAGUGUAACUUGUUUUUUGUUUUUUUUUACAUUUUUUGUUUGAUUUGCAUUGCUGAAGGUAUUUCUGUACAUAAGGUGACGGCUCAUUCUGACAGUUGUGCGGACGGACACUUGAAUGGACAUUGAUGUUUGUUUGUUUUUUAAAUUUUGAAUAAAAUGAAACUACGUAGACGA